AUGGGCUGGUCAUCUACGGAUGGCUGGGCUACGAGGCUCUUAUCCGGCGAUCCUGUUGUCAUCCUCAUCGCAUUCCUGGUCACAAUAACCCUGCCACUACUCGUCCACCUGUACCUCUACACCCAGACUGCUCGUGCCAGAGUCGUCCCAAGUUUCCUCCUUCUUGGUUCCAGCGGCGCAGGCAAGACUUCUCUGGUCUCUUUGGAUGUCCAGCUACAAAAACGAUCCUCCAAACUAGAAGAUUCCCAAGCAGAAGCAGCACUCACCCGCACUUCCCAAGUAUCCUCCUCCGUCAGCUUACUACUUCCGCCUUCCGUCCCCUUGGGGUCCAACAAAUAUCGCUCCGAUAAUGAUGUCAGCCUGAAAGACAAACAAUCGACACCAUAUGCAAUGAUCGAUACCCCCGGCCAUGGAAAGCUCAGGUCGGACCAGGCCUUAUCACACAUCCAGAAUCCUGCCCUCCGUGGGGUCAUAUUUGUGGUUGACUCAAGUGUCCUGGACACUAGCGACUCUUCCACAUCUCGUGACACUGCUGUAUACCUCUACGAUACAUUACUGGCCCUUCAGAGACGAAAAACUCGAGGCAAAAACAAGACCGCAAUACCCGUCCUCAUCGCGGCGAAUAAGCAGGAUUUGUUCACCGCAUUACCGACAGGUGCGGUCAAGGAACGCCUACAGGCCGAGAUUGAACGGAGGAAGACAUUCUAG